CGCGACUUUCAUCCAUGCCGACAUGUCUGGCCUCGUCCUCUGGCCUUCUCCGCUCUUCAGCACAACUUCAUAGCUCUUCAACUUCGAGGCUAGGGCAAUCCAUACACAGGAAUGUGCGCCGGUGUCGAACGACAGCCUGCAGUGUUCGACGCGCCUCUACGGCAACGGCGGCUCCGGGCAAGCACGAAGACCAACGGGCGCAAGUGCUGACCGCCCUACACAAAACCACAGCACUCCUUCCACGUGUACUACCUAGUGCGCGACCUAGUCCAAAUGGUGUGUCGUUACGGGAGUCGCUACAUUUCUGGGAGGAGGUUCUGGGGAAGGUGUAUGAUGACUUGACGCUUGCGCCGGAGAAGCGGGAAAAGGAUAGGGUGAGGGUCGUCGUGUAUGGCGUCGACAGGAGGUCUAGUGCGAACGAGCUGGUUAUUGCUAUCCUAGAAGACCCGUUCGUGUCGGACGAGCAGAGGGCUAUCCUGCGCUCGCGAUGGAGCGCACAGUCCGAGAGCAACCGAAUGGUCAAAAUCCAGUACGUCCUCAAGGUCUGUAGUUAUUCUGCUCAACGUUCAUCUCCUUACGCCAGAUACGGCACCUCUCCUUCUCUGGACGAGGACGUCAUAAUCGUCCAAUCUUCAUGGCUCCAACAGUUCAACGUUCCAAUAGAGAUCACGGAAUUCAAGCAUUCUGUGCCUUCCCCCUCAUCCGACACGGAAAGUGCAAAACUAUUGUUCACGGCUGAUGUACCCAUCAUCCUGUGCGAUCCCGUGUCGACUCCUCUAGCAUCCAUCCUCCCUGUCUCUUCGGACCCUCCUCUUCCCCUCUCACGUGAAAACGCAAUUCUUGCUGUGCUCUCACCUUCUCCGGCGUACCCCGCUACGGCUGCCCAACAUUCCCGGGUGAGCCCGCUCAGCUCGCAAGAAAACUUGCACGUCAUAUUCGUAGACCCUUCUCGAGCACUUCACGGGUUGCAAGUUCUCGCUGACGGCAUCGCGUCCCCUCUGUCCGUACAACGGUAUCAAGACGAUGUCUCAGGUUCUAAUGUAGCUAGCAUCACAAACGCCGUGAAGGAUAUCCUUUCGAGUGUUUCAGGCACGUCUGCCUCCGCACAGGUUACUGCUAUCCACGCACAAACUGGCCGCGCCCUCAUCAAGGACGCUCUUGCAACCGCUCAAGCUGUACUCCACAAAGCCGAGCUUGAGGCCAACGCAGCCCUGACGGCGACGAGCGAGCUACGGGGGCAGAUGGAGGAGGCGAAAGCCAAGGCGCAUCUAGAAGUGUUCGGCGCAGGGGGCCAGGAUGGUGACGAGAUCGCAAAGGCGGUCGCCCAGGCGAAGCGGAGCAUAAAGCCCACGAUGGAUGCACUACAGUGGUACAAGCUCUUCUGGAGGGUCGACGACGUGCGCGAGGUCGUAAUUGCCGCUGUCGACCGCGCCUGGUGCAGAGAUCUGGAACGAAAGCUCGUGUUCCACGCAGGCCGUUUGGCAUCGCUACAAACCACCUUCACGGACUCUGCGAAUGCCCUCGCGCGCUCCUUCCCUGUCAACUCGCCCUACCACUCCCCUGUCCUGCACAACACCCUCGCGCGCAUCGCCGCGACUCCAUCUUACGCUGUUACCGCGACAGCGCUCACCUCCCCUCUCCACGCCCGCCAAAGUCAACUCGGCUUCCCCACCGAACGCCUGCACGUGUCGGCGCAGCGCGCCGUCGUCGGUAUGAGCGGCAGCAUUCUCAGCGGCCUUGGGGUCGCAUGGGCGGGAUGGGCGACGGAGCUCCAGAUGUUCGGGGGAAUGGUCGACGUUGGCAUGAGCACAGAAACCGCGCUGGGGGUGGGGAUGCUAGGUACCGCUGUGGGUGUACGAUGGGCCGUUGGACGAUGGGAGAAGGCAAAGAGGCGGUGGUGGAAGGAUUGGGAUCGUGUUGGCGAGGGACUUGAGAGGGACUUGAAGACUACUCUGACACAGACAAUGGACGACCGUGUCGUUGCAGUGUCAGAAGCUGCAUGUUCGGCCCUCGAGAAGCAGGUGGCCGAGAGGAAGGUGAAAAUUGAGGAAUUGAAGGACGAGGUCCAGUCUCUUCGGACUACGCUCGAUGCACACUGAAUGAUCAUCUACAUCCCGUGCAGGUCACCUCUUUUCCACUUCAUGAAAUACCACUCUGCUCCACUUUGCUCACCAACUGCCGUAUCGCCUGCGAACUGUUACCGGCGCUUCACAGUAAGAGCUAGAACCAAUCUGCAAGACGAUGCUUAAGCAUCCACAAAUGAGU